CGUACGCCUCAUAGACAGUCCGUCCGCGCACACUGAGGGACAAAGCAGCAGAAGCCGCCGCACCUCCUAUACACACCGAACUGCGUCUCGUUUAUACAUGCUGAGUGUUUAUUACCGAAUAAGACGAUGGUCUGAAGAGAUUUAGGCGAUAAAUUCACGAAUGUAAUUCCAUUACAUUCAUCCGGUCAGUGCGUGCUCAAAGGGCCGCUUUGGUUUCGCCGUCUCCGCAGUCGCCUUCUCUUUGAGAGAUAUACGAGCCCAUGCGAUUCUUCAGACUCACCUUUAAGUGUUUCGUGGAUUGUUUUUGAAGGUGCUGUUUAAAAAACGGUGUCUUUUUCUUUUACGACCUAUUAUUUAUUUUACCAACGCGAAUUUUGAUUAAAAAAAACCCCGCCAAAAACCGUUGCUAAUUCGUCGAGAUAUCUACCUGUGUCAGCCGUUUCUGCAACGGUCUGACGCUGAGGAGAAAAGAAGAAAUACAUUCUUCAAGAAUAAAACUGCUGACUGUUUUUGUAAAUACAAAUAAAUAAAGAAACGGACCAGAUCUUGUUCUGAUAUUAACAGGAUCGUCUGGGGGACAUCUUGAUAAGAGAAACAGACUUGAGCCAAAACAAAAUAUUUAUUUUUACUGACGAUUUAAGCCCUUCUUUCGUGUGGUUGAAGGUUGAGGGUCUCUUUGUUUACAAGUGAGAUGGAGAAAACCUCUCUGGACGCAAACUGCUGCGCCUUGAACGUGGUCCUGGUGGAGGAGAAGAAGGGACAUCUCAUUCCCAAUGGAAACGCGCAUCAAGGCGUCAAUGGGACCCUCAUCGGAGGGGCCAACGGGGGCCCCAUACAAGCGGCCCCUGGAGCCAUAACAACGGCGGUGAGAGCGGGUUACCCCGAGCGAGAGACUUGGACCAGGCAGAUGGACUUCAUUAUGUCCUGCGUGGGCUUUGCCGUGGGGCUGGGGAACGUCUGGCGAUUCCCGUACCUGUGCUACAAAAAUGGUGGAGGAGUGUUCCUCAUUCCCUAUGUGUUGUUCAUAUUUCUGGGGGGCAUUCCCUUAUUCUUCCUGGAAAUUGCACUUGGCCAGUUCAUGAAAGCUGGAAGCAUCACUGUGUGGAACAUUGCACCUCUUUUCAAAGGACUGGGCUUCGCCUCCAUGGUGAUUGUGUUCUUUUGUAACACAUACUACAUCAUGGUGCUGGCCUGGGGUUUCUACUACUUCAUAAAGUCCUUCAAUUCCACACUGCCAUGGUCCACUUGUGACAACCCGUGGAACACAGAGCAUUGUAUUGAGAUCUUCCGCCAUGCCGACUGCCAAAAUGGCACCAUUGGCAAUUUCACCUUUGGCAACCGGACAUGCGAGGAGCUGGCCAAUGGGCGUUCCCCUAUUAUUGAAUUCUGGGAAAACAAGGUUCUGAACAUCUCUGAAGGACUGGACAAGCCAGGCGUCAUCAACUGGGAACUACUGCUGUGUCUUUUGGCCGUGUGGGUGAUGGUGUACUUCUGUGUGUGGAAGGGGGUGAAAUCCACAGGAAAAAUUGUGUAUGUCACUGCCACGUUCCCGUAUGUGGUACUGAUUAUUCUUCUGGUGAGGGGUGUAACUCUUCCUGGUGCAUAUGAUGGGAUCUUGUAUUAUGUUAAACCUGACUGGUCCAAGCUAGGAGAACCACAGGUCUGGAUCGAUGCUGGUACUCAAAUCUUUUUCUCCUACGCAAUUGGGCUUGGGGCCCUCACCGCUCUUGGCAGCUAUAACCGAUUCAACAACGACUGCUAUAAGGAUGCGUUUGUGCUGGCUCUUAUUAAUAGUGGCACCAGUUUCUUUGCUGGUUUUGUCGUCUUCUCUAUCCUGGGUUUCAUGGCAUCCGAGCAGGGUGUGGACAUCUCAAAAGUGGCUGAAUCAGGCCCCGGUCUGGCAUUCAUAGCGUAUCCUAAAGCCGUAUCUCUGAUGCCCAUGGCUCCGGUGUGGGCUGCCCUGUUCUUCAUCAUGCUGCUACUGCUGGGACUGGACAGUCAGUUUGUUGGUGUGGAGGGUUUCGUAACUGGGAUUCUUGAUCUUUUCCCUGGAAAGUAUUACAUGCGUUAUCAGCGCGAAGUUGCUGUGGCAAUCUGCUGUUUAUUAUGCUUCAUUAUAGAUCUCUCCAUGGUUACACAGGGAGGGAUGUAUGUCUUCCAGCUUUUUGACUACUAUUCAGCCAGUGGAAUGACCCUGCUGUGGCAAGCAUUCUGGGAAUGCGUGGUUGUCGCGUGGGUUUAUGGUGCUGACAGGUUCAUGGAUGAUAUUGCUCGUAUGAUCGGUUACCGGCCAUUCCCGUGGAUAAAGUGGUGCUGGUCCUUUAUAACUCCAUGUGUUUGCAUGAGUAUCUUCCUUUUUCAUUUGAUGAACUACAAGCCUCUGACCUACAAUAAUGUGUAUGUGUACCCAUGGUGGGGAGAGGUGAUUGGAUGGUGUCUAGCUCUCUCGUCCAUGCUCUGUAUCCCUGUUAGCCUUGUGUACAAGCUUGCUGGAGCCAAGGGAACAUUCAGAGAGCGUUGGGAAAGUCUGACCAAACCAGUGUGGGGAGCCCAUCACCUCGAAUACAUGGCCCCUGACACUGAUAUUAAAAGCCUAGCCUCUCUGUCUCCUGGAACUGAGGAGAACAAGGUGAUCAUUUUUGAGAGUGUUAUGUAGACAAAAAUCAAAGGGAAAGCCUAUGACAACCCUCCUAAGGCAAGCUGGUUAAUCAGUAUUAAUUUAACAUUUUAUGGAAUUUGAUGUCAAAUUCUAUCCUCUAACAGUCUUAAUACAAAUAACAGUUUAUGGAAAUUAAUGAUUACAUGAAAUCCCUCAUGGACACCAGAUUUCAUUUUUCAUGAGUUUAAAGACCCCAUGAAAUAGAUUAACAAGUUUUGUUUUCUCCGUUGGUGUAUUUCAUAUAGAAACAGGAAUUUUGGGCAGGGAAUAAGUCAGGGAUCUUGACCCCUUUUUAAAAAUGGCCUUAAAAGGCUUUAAUUACGUCAGUUGCAAGCUGUAUUUGGGGGAGGGGUAUUAUCAUUCUCAUAUUUGAUUGGACAAAAAUGUGUUAAGUGCAAGAUGAGUCAUCAAUAUUUCUGGUCUGUUUUAAUGUGUAUAUUGGCUAAAGUUUUGUUUAGUCAACUUUUAAGAGUACACUUGCAUAUAGAUGGCUUCAAAGCUAAUAAACAUUAACUAAGAGCCACAAAAUUUUGAUUUCAAUGGGUCUUUAAACUGCAACCUAAACUUAAAACAUUAUGUGCAAUGUUUAUUGCAGAUAUCCACACUUGGCAGGGCAAAAUCAGCAUGUCUUUGGAGGGGAAAAUAUAGUGUCUAAUCUGACAACUCAUAGCUUUGCACCUGGAUCAAUUGUUAAACCUGGGUGAAGUACAUCAAUUCUGAAAAGGGCACAAUUCCCACAGGCCAAUUUCCUGAACAUGUCAACGGUCUCUUUGCACUGACACAUAAGUAUAAAACAUAUCCAAAUGAGAAGCACAUAGUCAAAAUGAAGGUUAGCUACAAACGUUUUACCAAUAUAUCCUUGACACAAUUUGGCCCAUAAUGAUAUUCACAAAGUGGGAUGAUAAAUAGCAAUCCACUUUCUUAAAUGAAUAAAAUCUUGUGCAGAUUAUUUUUUAAACUAAAAUAAUGUAUGCUACUUAUUAGAGCAACAAAAAAAAGAAUCAAAAGAUGUUUUAAUAAUCAAGAAUAAAUCUUACGUUCAUACUAGCAAUCAAACUAAAUGUCACAUCAAUAAGACCACAUAUAUUUGCCAAACGUGCGUUUUUAUUUCUAAAGAGUGUAAAGAAUGUCGAUAUGCUUGAUGUGUCUUUGUUUGAGACAGGUGACCUCAAUACCUUGAGCAUGAUAUCACUGUGUUAGAUAUAUGUGCCAAAUGGAGCAUGAUUUUCCAUCUCUGUUGGUCAGAAGAUGGUUUCGGUUGCCAUAAAUCAAUAUCUCAUCUACCUAGUACAGCUUAAACAUACUGUGUCCUUGAUGUGUCUUCCAGAAAAGUAAAUCUUUGGAAACAUCUAGAGAGUUUUUACUGCAGACAUUUUGUAUGAAGAGGUGCAAAAAAAAAACAAAGAAGAGUCAGAGACGCAUUUAAUUGUUAAUCCAAUUUGAGUACUAUAUUUUGAAUUUGAGUGCCAGUAUUAGUAUGUUCUCAGACUAUUUUCUUUUAAUUUUUAUGAUUUAAAAUUGUCACUUAAUCAUCCAAAGAAAGAUAUUUAGGCAUUUUUUUUAAAUCAGUGCAAAAAAAAAAAGUCUUUUCAUAAUGUCAUAUAUAUAUAUAUAUAUAUAUAUAUAUAUAUAUAUAUAUAUAUGUAUGUAUGUAUACUGGCGGCCAAAAGUUUGGAAUAAUGUACAGAUUUUGCUGUUUUGGAAGGAAAUUGGUACUUUUAUUCACCAAAGUGGCAUUCAACUGAUCACAAUUUAUAGUCAGGACAAUGACAUUAUUGAUGUAAAAAACAGCACCAUCACUUUUUAAAAAUAAAAUCCUUUUUUAUCAAAUCUAGACAGUCCCCAUUUCCAGCAAAAACUCAAAAACCUUAUCCUUGAGUAAUCAUGCUAAAUUGCUAAUUUGGUACUAGAAAAUCACUUGCCAUUAUAUUAAACACAGUUGAAAGCUAUUUGCUUUGUUAAAUGAAGCUUAACAUUGUCUUUGUGUUUGUUUUUGAGUUGCAAAAGUAUACAACAGACUGGCAUGUCUUAAGGUCAAUAUUGGGUCAAAAAUGGCAAAAAAAAAAAAAAAAAAAAAAAGAGAAA